UCUUUGAUAGAAAUCUCGGUGAUGUCGCUUCGUCUUUAACAAGCUUGACCCAGAAGCCCAGAACCCAAAAGGGAAGGAGGGGAAAAGAGGGGAGAGAAAAAAAAACCCACUUAUAGCAGGAAUAGUCUUGAAGGGGGGGCACAGGGCAGCAUUUCAACGAGCAAGUUCAGUCCUUCCUUCUUCUGGGCUUGGUGGUUCUGUGACCUUUUACCCAUGAGCAACUAGAGCUCAACCUCUGAUCUUGGCGUGAUCUCUCACCUCUACUACCAAACCACGCUCACAGGUGAAGUGUGUAUGGAGCAGUGUGAGAGCGCAGCAGCUCUGCUGGAGUCGGUCAGGGAGCAGGAGGUGCAGUUUGAACAGCUGACCAGGGCGUUGGAGGAGGAGAGGAGGUGGGUGGGCCUCCCCGCCACCAGCCCCUCGACCCUGGGUCGCCCCCUCCCUCAUACACAGAACGGGCGUUUGGGGGAUGCUGACAUAGAACGACUGAAACUAACUGACGCAUACAUAAACGGCACACAGUACAGAAUGGUGGACCCUGCACACGGCGCUCUAGAUGAGAGCUACACACCAGAGGACGACUCCCAGGAAGUGCACUCAGUCUUUUCUGAAGAGGGAACCACAAGGCGCCAAGACAAUGGUAUGAAGAAACCAAUCACACGCACAGUCCUGCCCUCUGACUCCAUGUCCAUCGAUGGGGGGUUGUCAGUGUCCGGUAUGGGUCCCUACAGUGCCACACUAGACCGUCCUUACAGGCAGCCUGUAGCAGGAGACUACCCAACUGCCACGGUGCCCAGAAACUACCCCUAUGGUCCUGUACCAGGUUAUGAUGAUUACCGUGGAGGCCCUCCAUCAGAGGCAUAUACCAGCUUGAGCAGAGGCUCACACAUGGACGACCGCUACAGGCCAGUGGAUGGCUACAGGACCCUUGACUCGGGCUACAGGGCCCCAAGUCGCCAGCAGCUGGACCCGUAUGCAGCCCAGCCCCAGGUGAGCCGAGGAAUGAGAGCCCUGGGCUCAGCAAUGGAAAUGCGUUAUGGCCAUGGUCACUAUGGACUGGAGGAUGACCAGCGUAGUGUGGGAUAUGAUGACUACGGCAUGGGGCCUCCACCCAUGCACCCUGGUGGCUACGGCACCAUGCCCCGUUUAGGGCCCGGCCCAGGGGGUAUGGACAGACGAAGACUCAGGAGCUGCGAGGAUACUUUAGAUGGGGACAUGGGAGGAGUUGACCCGUACGCCUGGGCUGUUCCCAUGACGAUGGAGAGGGGUAGCAUGGCGUCACUGGACAGCACACUGAGGAAGGCUCCUCCUGGUUCAUGGAGACAGCCGGAGCUACCGGAGGUCAUUGCCAUGUUGAGCUACCGCCUGGACCCCGUCAAGACAAACGCCGCUGCAUUCCUGCAGCAUCUCACGUUCAAAAAUGAUAAGGUUAAGUCAGAGGUGCGUCGCUUAAAGGGCAUUCCAGCCCUUGUGUCACUGCUGGACCAUCCCAGCAAGGACGUGCACCACUCGGCCUGUGGAGCACUCAAGAACAUUUCAUAUGGGCGAGACCACGACAACAAGAUCGCCAUCAAGAACUGUGAUGGAGUCCCCGGUCUUGUCAGAUUACUGAGAAAAACCCAUGACCAGGACCUGACCGACACUAUAACAGGCACCCUGUGGAAUCUUUCAUCCCAUGACUCGGUGAAGAUGGAAAUUGUUGACCAUGCCAUGCACGCCCUGGCUGACGAGGUGGUUGUCCCGCACUCUGGCUGGGAGCGAGGGAGCAACGGAGCAGGAGAGGAGAGCUGCAAACCACGCCAUCUGGAGUGGGAGACCGCCUUGACCAACACUGCUGGCUGCCUUAGGAAUGUGAGUUCGGAACGCAGCGAGGCCAGGCGAAAGCUGAGAGAAUGCACAGGAUUAGUGGAUUCACUCAUGUAUAUUGUCCAAUCACAGAUCAACCGCAAAGAUGUGGAUAACAAGCUCGUGGAGAACUGUGUCUGCCUCCUGAGGAAUCUCUCUUAUCAUGUUCACCGCGAAGUUCCAGGCUGUGAGCGUUACGUAGAGGCCCUGCCCCUCAACCAGGGACCCGUCCCUGCUAACAAGGGUGGCUGCUUUGGUUCUCGGAAGGGCAAAGAUGAGUGGUUUUCCAAAGGGAAAAAGGACGGAGAUGAUGGAAGCGGAGACCAGGUGGACAUCCCAAAGAGAACAACACCUGCCAAAGGCUAUGAGCUGUUGUUCCAGCCAGAGGUGGUUCGUGUUUACACUUCGCUGCUCAGAGAGAGCAAAAACCCCUCAGUUCUGGAGGCUGCUGCUGGUGCCAUCCAGAACCUGUGUGCUGGCCGAUGGACUUAUGGUCGCUAUAUCCGGGCCACUGUGCGUCUGGAAAGUCUUCCAAUGAUGGCAGAGCUGCUGGCUCAUGUCAAUGACCGCGUGGUUCGGGCUAUGUCUGGAGCUUUGAGGAACCUCGCCAUAGACAACCGUAACUGUGAACUGCUUGGUUUGCAUGCAGUACCUCACCUUGUGGCCAACCUACCUGGAGGCCAGAGUCAAUCUGGGCGCGCCCUGUCAGAGGAGACAGUAGUGUCUGUACUGAGCACGCUCGCUGAGGUCUUGGGCAACAGUCUGGAGGCAGCAAAGACCCUUCGAGCGUCGCAGGGCAUUGAGAGGCUGGUGCUCAUCAACAAAGACGGCAAGCGCUCAGAGCGUGAGGUGCGGGGGGCCGGCCAGGUGCUGCAGCUCGUCUGGGCCCACAAAGAGCUGCGUCGGCCUCUUGAGAAGGACGGCUGGAAGAAGACUGACUUCAUGGUCACAUUAAACCACAACACCGCCGCCACCACCAACGGUCCAAACACCCGGGUUAACGGCACCUAUGAAGACAGCACCACGCCAUUGCUAGACAGAGGGGAAAAGAGGGACAUGAUUCCACUAAACGACCUUGGCCCUGAGGCCUACUCUACACUGGAUCAGAGGGAGAGGAGACACACUCUAGAUGAAACCACAGACACUUUACCGCGAGGGGUGUAUGGGGGCAGAAAAGGCUCCUUGCCCCUCUUGGACUCCUACGAUGGUUAGCCCUCCCCCUCCCCUCUACCCCCCUCUGCAUGUAACAGCAUGAAAAACUGAUAGUGUGCAUCACCCAGACUGGGCCGUCCCUGCCUUACCACUGCUACUGAGGAGAGAAGAACCAGAUGCACAGACUCUCUCCCCCUUGUCCCCCCCUUCCCUCCUCUCCCCUCCCCUCCUUUCCUCUUUUUCUCUACCAACACACAGAUGGGAUUAGAAGAUGAGGGUUGGCAUCCAAAGAAAGUGGCUGUCUUGCAGGCUUGUCAUGCAACACAGCCACUUAGUUACAGACACACAGACACACCUAUUUUACAAAUUCAUUCAAUUGUAGCAACAGAAAUAUAUUCAGUUUUUUAAAUUAUACUUCUUCUGUAAAGGCUAUUAUCUUUGUUGACAAUCAUUUUAACUGGUGUUGUAAUCCUGCUUGAUUCUAUUUUUUUUUCUGGCUAAAUCAUUUUGGUCAAAAAAAAGUUUUGCCAACACCCACAUCCUAACGACGAAUUUGUACGUAGACUUCUAAGUAGGGUAUAUACUGUAUAUAAAAAGAAAAUGGGAUGACUGCAUUAGUUUUGGCUCAUUAAUUUAAAUCGUCCCGUUACUGGGAUCAUUGGGAGGUUGGGACGGAGUGACAGAUCGCCCUGUAGAGCAAGAAUGUUGUUUAUAGAGGAGUUAUUUUCCUGUCUAGAGUUAUUUUCUCUUGGUUGGGACCAGCACAGGUGUAGACAAGAAAGGGCAGGUGUGUGUAUAUUUGUCAUACAGUAAACCUGUGGCCGACUGUGUGUGUGUGUGUGAUAAAUGGAUACGGACCUUGGAGUGAGUGUGUUUUUGUGCGAGUGACGGACCAGACCUAUAAGACCACAUGUUGAUAAUUUCAUGCAUUUAUGUUGUUUUUUUUAAACUUAUGUCUCCUGUGACAAAGCAUUGUCAUUGGGUUUUUUUUCUUGUUUUUGUUUUUUAGUUUUUGUGUAAUGACUGCCUCUGUUUAGUGUUUGAUACUUUAAUUUCCAACUUUGUGUCUGCUUCCCCCGAAAGUAAGCUCUGACAGCCUCGGCAUCUUUAACCCAUUAGAUCACAUUGAAUGUGGGCCUGACUGGUGAAGCAGGGAACCAAACCAUUACUAAACCACAAAACUACUUUAACAUCCACUUUAGUUUUCAUUCCUAGCUCUACUCUGUCAGACUUUUAAACUACUAUAUGCUUUUUAUUUAGACAAAGUAACACUUUAGGAUUAUCUCUUUGAAAUGAUUAUCCCCGCUUUAACUCUAAAGUUUAAAUAAACACUACUGGUAGUUCUUAUUGGCCUUUGUGGUGUGCUGUUUUAUAAAUAGACCCUUUACAAAAUGGCAGGCUUUUAUCCUCAGAGCAGACUCGAGUUUUAACAGAUGCUGACUUGUAAUUUAAUUUGGGAGAUGGACAAAAACACAUAAUUGUCUAUUUUAUUUUAUUUUUUUCACUUUGUGUCUGGAUUGUUUGUUUUUAUUUCAGGAUUUAAGGAGCGGGGAUUGAGAGCAUUAUGCAAUUUGUUUAACUUUUUUAGUCCCAGUUUUACUGUUACAGUUGUUUUUAAGGCAAAAGAGACCAAUCAUCUUUGUUUUUUUUCUUUUUUUUUUUACUCUCCGCACAGUAUAUUUGUAAUGUUGCCUAUCCAUGUACAAUUAUGAUGUACCAUUCAUACCUGCCUUGGCUCUGAGAAGUUGCUUUUUUCAGUAAAGUAUGUAUCUGGUAAUACUGUUGUUUUUAUAAAUAAAGAUCUUUUCUUAGACCAGA